GCCAGAGCCAGUUAAGGGACGAGCCACUGAGCUGGGGUGCACACCUGCACUAGGUACCUUCCUGCUUGCCUCCUUCCAAAGCAGACCUCCUUGUUACCCUGAGCUCCCCCUUUCUAAAGCAGUCAUGUCCGUGACAAAGAGUGCUGGGGCUCCCCAGGGAGCCGUUACCCUCAAAUUGGACAGUAUGUCGACUCCCGAAAGUGCCAGAAAGCUGCAGAACAAGGACUCUAGAUUCUUGGACGGGAGCCCUUCAGAGUCGCCGGGCUUGGAGAAGACCAAGGGCAUAACAUUGUUCCAGACCUUGGUUCACCUGUUGAAAGGCAACAUGGGCACAGGGAUCCUGGGACUGCCCCUGGCCGUGAAGAACGCUGGCAUCCUGGUGGGCCCACUCAGCCUGCUGGUGAUGGGCUCCGUCUGCUGCCACUGCAUGCUCAUCCUGGUCAAGUGCGCCCGGCGCUUAUGCCAGAGGCUUAACAAGCCCUUUUUGGACUAUGGGGAUACGGUGAUGCAUGGACUAGAAGCCAGCCCCAGCACCUGGCUCCAGAACCACGCCCACUGGGGAAGGAGUAUCGUGAGCUUCUUCCUUAUUGUCACCCAGCUGGGCUUCUGCUGUGUGUAUAUUGUGUUUCUGGCCGACAAUUUAAAACAGGUAGUGGAAGCCAUCAAUAGCACAACCAACAACUGUCACAGCAACGAGACCGUCAUACCGACCCCCACCAUGGACUCGCGACUCUACAUGCUCUCCUUCCUGCCCUUCCUGGUGCUGCUGGUCUUCAUCCGGAGCCUGAGGGUCAUGACCAUCUUCUCCAUGUUGGCCAACAUCAGCAUGCUGGUCAGCCUGGUCAUCAUUGCCCAGUACAUCGCCCAGGUUCUGCCACUGGAAAAUAAGAUGGAGGAUGCCCGCCACUUCCCAGUCAUCCUGCCUUUGGGAUUGUCCAUCGUCAUUGCCCUGUACACCAGCAUUGGGGCUCUGGGCUACCUGCGAUUUGGAGACGACAUCAAGGCCAGCAUAACCCUUAACCUGCCCAACUGCUGGCUGUACCAGUCCGUCAACCUCCUCUACAUCAUCGGCAUCCUGUGCACCUAUGCCCUGCAGUUCUACGUCGCUGCAGAGAUCAUAGUCCCCGUCGCUGUCUCCCAGGUGCCAAAGCGCUGGGCAUUGCCUCUGGACCUGUCCAUCCGCCUCAUCCUGUCCUGCCUGACAUGCAUCUUGGCCAUCCUCGUCCCCCGCCUGGACCUGGUCCUCUCCCUGGUGGGCUCCGUGAGCAGCAGCGCCCUGGCCCUCAUCAUCCCGCCCCUCCUGGAGAUCUCCACUUACUACUCAGAGGGUAUGAGCCCCCUCACCAUCAUCAAGGACGCCCUGAUCAGCAUCCUGGGCUUCGUGGGCUUCGUGGCGGGGACCUACCACGCCCUCCAUGAACUGAUGGAGUCAGGAGACUCUCUCCCCUUUUCUAACUCCACCACUUUUGUUCAGUGA